AUGGAUCGUCGCACGCAGCUACAAAGCAGUGAGGCUUCGAUCAAGAGUCUGGCUCUCAACGCCCAGAAUAUGACUGCAUGGACUUUUAUGUCGGAUGAGGACAUCCGGAAAGCAAACUCUCAUACCAUACUGUCUCGCAUGUUGUCGACGCGUACUCACAUCUCAAUCACUUCUACCCUUGCUCGAGAAAACGAUGAAGCCUCCCGCAGCGUUGAGCUCAGGAAGUAUGUUCACAUCGGUCAAGGGCAGUGCGGAACCGUCCUUGCCUUUCAGGGUACUGAUGAGGUGGUCAAAAUUCCCAAUGGCCCUCACAAACAACACGUUCUCUACCAGGACGCUCAGAUCCAUGCUGCUGUCGAAAAGGCUUUUCGAGAAGCUCCCACAGAGCUCCGCGCCGAGAUCUCGAUUCCUCGAUACUGCACCUGGGUAACUCCAGCGAUGUCUCAGUGGUGGAACUCACGUCUCAAUCUAUUCCCCUCCGAGUACCAAAGUCCCACCUAUGGCCUUGUCUCUCAGCGCAUAUUCCCUCUACCAGCUCCUGUCCGAAGCGCCAUCAUCGACACCUUUUGUCCCAAGCAGUUGCGUAAAUCUGUUCAGCAAGAUCCGAGCAACAGAGACUGUCUGGUCCGGCUCUAUCUGGGCAAGCGAGAGCCUGGAAAGCGAGCGCAGGAGAAGUCAUUUCGACUUCGAAACUUCCCGCUUAUGGUCAACGAUCUCGAGGAGCUCAAAAUCGAGGCCCUCGGUUUUGCUCGCGUCAUGGCAGAUGCUCUCGCCAUUCUACAUUGGUCAGCCAAGGUUGACGGCAACGACAUCGAGUUUGUGCUAGGAUCUGCGUCAACCGAAACACUCUACCGUACGGCGGUCGGUCCUGAAGAGCUCAAAUACAUUACAAAAGAUUCUCCUGCUCAUAAUCGAGCCGAUUUUGACUUCACAAAGCGCCACAUCCAUGUUUGGCUACUCGACUUCAACCAAUGCGUCACAUUCGAUGAGGAGAAUGAUCCAGAUUGGCUUCAGCUCCUGACUAGAGCGUUCUGGUUCAACGACCCCUACUAUCCACGUCCGGUCUCCGACCACCCGGCAGACACAGCUCUAUGGGAGUCAUUCGCUGAACGAUACCUCUACGCGUCGCAACACCUGACGAAUUCGGCUGGUCCAGCCCGGUUCAUCCAGAAGAUCGAAGAAGAAGGCAAGGAACGUCGCACGAUGAUAUCCAAGCAAGGCAAGGACUCUCUGCUUGGCGCGCUGAUGGAAGGAUGCAAGGAGAUGCAGAUAGGCAUCAAGACGGGCUUCAUCUCGAAUGCGCUCCCUCAUCAGCGGUGA